GUCUUUGCGGAGUCCACCUUCACUUGGAAAAAGAAAAGUCACGUGCACAGUCUUUCCCUGGAACGAGUCUGAAAAGUGGUGUGAACUGUCUAGCUGGUGGAACGACCAAAAAUCAAGCAUCACUUCAUUCCUCAUGGAUCCUAAUCGCCAUAAUCCUUAUGCAGCGUACGGUCCCCCACCUGGAUUGUAUGGCAUGCCACCUCGACCUGGAUACCCGCCGGUUCCGCCAGGCGUCAUGCCGCCUUAUGGACCGCCUCGAGGAGGUCCAGGAGGUUUCGGACGACCACCACCACGCUUUCAUAUGCGACCUCCUCCUAUUAGUGCGCCUCCACCUCAAGAAUCCGACAAAUUAACGACCUUGUUUGUUGGUGCCAUUGCAGCUGGUAUCAGCGAUGGCUGGAUCGAAAGACUGUUAAAGACAUGUGGUUCCUUGACAAGUUGGAAACGUGUCAAAGAUCAGUCGGGAAAUCCGAAAGGAUUCGGCUUCGCUACAUAUGAAGAUCCCGAAAGCGUUUUACGAGCAUUAAGGAUUCUGGGUGCUGAAGGCGAGUCGUUUGAAGGACUUACGUUGACAGCUCAAGACGGUAGUGGGGUACAAAAGAAACUUAUUGUGAAGGCAGAUGACAAUGUUCGAAAUCAUUUAGAUCAGUACAAACAGUCAAAUAUGCAAACCGAUACGGACGAUGGCCGAGAUACCGAAGCACAGCAACAAGUUGAAAAGAUCGUAGAUGCCAUCAAUUCAGGGCAAGAUCCUGAAACCCCGACUGAAGGUACACCAGCUGACACUGAGAUGGAAGCAGCAGAAGAUCAAGAGGAUAUCGUCAGUAAAGAACUGGCCGCAUUCAGAGAACGAGCCGCCAUGCGAGACGAAUCACCACGACAGACUGAUGUCAAACCACGCGACCCAUCUCGAUCGAGAGAACGUCGAACCUCAUCGAUUGGACGAGAUAGUCGUGACAGUUCGAGAGAACCAAGAGGUCGAAGAGGCGAUCGGUUUAGUUCACGCCAAGAGUUUGUUCGCGGACCUUCUGAAUACGUGGAUGAAUUCGACGAGGAGGAUGACGAUGAAGAUGACGAGGAGAAGGAACAAAAGCGUCUCGAAAAGCAUGCCAAAGAAGUAGAAAUCGCUUUUCGACAGAGGGAGAAACGAUUUGAGGCCCGUGAAGAUCAACGGAUACGUGACUACCAGCAUUAUAUGCAGCGUAUGAAGGAACAGGAGGAGCGAGAGCAACGUAACAAAGAAGUAUGGGCAAAACGACUAGCUGAAUAUGAUGACGAGGUGGCAAUACAACGAGGCGAAGAUCACUUUUAUGUUGAUAGGUCGCGUUGGCGCAAAAUGCGUGAAAAUGUGCGGCGUCACGAAGAAGAUCGAGAUGAAGAGGAUCGACGAGCAGAAGCAUUUGAAAUCGAGGAAAAAAGACGAGCACUUGAGGAGGAGGGGCGUCGUCGCAAAGAAGCAGAGGCCAGACAACAUGCUGAAGAAGCAAGUAGAAUUGCUAUCAAACCCACCAAACUCAACUUUAAUAUGCCGAUUAAGCGCGUUACCAAUAUGGGCACGGGAGAGGAUGAUGAAGAUGAUGAAGAAGGGGGCAAGAAGCGCCGCGUGCUUGUUCCUUUGGACUAUGGUGAUGAAUUGACAUUGGAUGAAGCGCCACAUAUGGAUGCUGAAGAACGAACACGGCGUGUUAAAGAACUUAUCGGUUCCAUUCCAAGUUCAGAACAAGAGUUAUGGGACUGGCCUGUGAAAUGGGACGAGCUGGAUGAAGACCUCCUCGCCAACAAGUUACAACCGUUCAUAUCCAAAAAGAUUGAAGAAUUGAUUGGUGUAAGGGAAGAGGCGCUCAUCGGUUUCGUCCUAGAGUUUGUGCGAAAGCAUGAAGAACCACCCAGAGCUUUGGUCACAGAAUUAGAAAUGACAAUGGAUGAAGAAGCAUUAGUCUUUGUAAUGAAGUUAUGGAGAGCCCUCAUCUUUGAGACAGAAAGAAAGUCGCUCAAACUAUAAUAAUACAAACGCAAUAUCGAUUAUGUUCAAGU